CCCGCCUCCCGCCUCCCCUCGGCGGCCCCAGGCGUGAGCAGCGCCGGCCACUCGGCGGGACGCAGCCGCCGCGAAGCGCCAGGCGGCCGGGCCAGCGAGCUCCGGGGGCCGCGACCGGCGGCGGGACCCGGGCGGGCGAGCGGCGGGGCGGCGGGCGCACACCCGGCGGGACACACUGGCCCGCGCGGGGCCAGGUGGAGACCCGGGGGCCGCGAUGGGUCGCCGCCGCCUGCCGGUCUGGCUGUGCGCCGUCGCGGCGCUGCUCUCGGGGGCGCAGGCCAAGGGCACCCCGCUCCUCGCGCGGCCCGCGCCGCCCGGUGCCUCCCGCUACAGCCUCUACACGACGGGAUGGCGCCCGCGGCUGCGCCCGGGGCCGCACAAGGCCCUCUGUGCCUACAUUGUACACAGGAAUGUGACCUGUGUCCUACAGGAGGGAGCGGAGAACUACAUAAAGGCUGAAUACCGGCAGUGUGGAUGGGGGCCCAAGUGCCCCGGGACAGUCACGUACCGCACAGUGCUCAGACCCAAAUACAAGGUGGGCUACAAGACAGUGACGGACCUCGCCUGGCGUUGCUGCCCCGGCCUCGCUGGAGAAGGCUGCCCCGAGCAUCUCACGGACCAUGCGGCCACCCCACCUCAGCCGGAGCCUGAGCCCCAGGUUCCCUCGGGGCAGGUGGGCCCAGGCCCCAGGCCCCUUCCUUCUAGCAGAGCAGCCUCGAGCCCCCACGGAAGGAAAGGCCCAGGGCUGUUUGGUGAACGGCUGGAACGCCUGGAGGGUGAUGUCCAGCGCCUGGCACAAGCAUAUGGUACCCUCAGGGGCCUGGUGGCCAGCCACGAAGACCCCAACAGGGUGACUGGUGGCCCCAGUGCUCCUGCUGCCCCUGUGGGCUUCGGGGUCAUCCCCGAGGGGUUUGUGAACCCCAGAGACAGAGCUGGAGGACCACUCACUCCUCCUCUGGAUGAGAUCCUGAGCAAGGUGACAGAGGUGAGCAGCACACUCCGGACCAAGGUGCAGCUGCUGGACGAGGUGCAUGGACUGGCCCUCGGCCACGAGGCUCACUUGCAGCGGCUGCGGGAGGCCCCCCCGUCUCCGCUCACCUCCCUGGCGCUGCUGGACGAGUAUGUGGACCGACGGCUGCACCGACUCUGGGGGAGCCUGCUGGAUGGCUUCGAGCAGAAGCUGCAGGGUGUCCAGAAUGCGUGCGACCUACGGGUGCAGGAGGUGCGGCAGCAGUUGGAGGAGGGCCAGGCGGCCAGCCAGAGGCUGCACCAGAGCCUGGAUGGCCGGGAGCUGGCCCUGCGCCGGGAGCUCUCACAGCUGGGUACCCGGCUGCAGGGCUUGGGCGUGGCUGGCAGGGGCAGCUGCUGUGGCCAGCUGGCCUUGAUCAGUACCCGCGUGGACAGCCUCGAGAGGAAGCUGCAGGCAGUGACCGAGGCCCAGAGGGGCCACAGCCCCCCCGACGGGAAUGACCUCACGCGGCUCUCUGCUGCCAUGCUCGAGGGGGGCGUGGAUGGGCUGCUGGAGGGCUUGGAGACCAUCAACGGCACAGAGGGUGGAGCCAGGGGCUGCUGUCUGGGGAUGGAGGAGGGGGGCUGGGGUGUGCGUGGCUUCCACACCACGCUGGAAGAGCGUGUGCAGAGGCUGGAGGAACGCCUGCUGACGCUGGCUGGGGAGCCGAGCCAUGAUAGCGCUCCUCCAGGCAGAUCGGCUCGGCCCCUCGUGCAGACGGAGCUGGCCGUGCUGGAACAACGGCUGCUUUCACUGGAGGCCUCGUGUACCCCUAGGACCACCUCAGCCAUCCUGGACAAUCUCGUGGCUGAAGUGAAGGCCUGGCAGAGCCGGAGCGAGGCCCUCCUACGCCAGGUGGCCAGCCAUGCGGCCCUGCUCCAGCAGCUCAAUGGCACCGUGGCUGAGGUCCAGGGGCAGCUGGCAGAAGCAACGGGCGGCUCCCUCCAAGGCGAGAUCACCCUGCUCAAGGUCAAUCUGAACUCUGUGAGCAAGUCGCUCACGGGCCUCAGUGACUCUGUCAGCCAGUAUUCUGAUGCCCUCUUGGCCGCCAACACAUCCCUGGAUGAGCGGGAACGCAAGGUGGAGGCUGAGGUCCACGCCAUCCAGGAGCAGGUCAGCAGCCAAGGCUCGUGGCUUCGGGCCGGCCAUAGGCAGGUCCUGAGCCUGCGGGGGCAGCUGGAGCAACUCAAGGCUGGCGUGGCCAGUGUGGCUGGCGGGCUGAGCCGCUGCCAGGACACAGCCCAGGAACUGCAGCUCGCGGUGGGCCACUUCGACCAGAGGGUGGCGCAAGUGGAAGGUACCUGUGGGAGGCUGGGCCUGCUGGCUGCGGGCCUGGACAGCUUGGCGGCUGAGUCCCUUGGGCCCAGGGAGGGCCUGUGGGACCACGUGGACCAGCUGAACCGCACGCUGGCCCAGCACGCAAAGGACAUUGCCCGCCUCCGGGAUGACCUGCUGGACUGCCGGGCCCAGCUGGCCGAGCAGGUCCGGGCAGGGCAGGCCGACUAGGUGGGCUGGACAGGCCAACCCCCAGAUCCCGCCAACCCUGGGCACCCUCCCCCAGAGCCCAGCCUUGCCUAGCAGUGCCUCCCAGCCUCCCCUGGCCAGCGCGGAUGCCAUUUCAGAGGGUCCUGAAGGAACAGUGUUGGUCCAGCUCCACCUGACUGUCCAGGCACCAAUAUCCACGCUUGGUGCUGCACCAACUGGGCAAGUCAGGAUCGCGGUCAAGGCCAGUACGUCGUGCCUGCAGGCCGGGGUGGCCCCAAGAGACCGCACCAUCCACGGUCUGUAAAUUGCUGUUCUGCAGACACGCCAGUUAGCAUCUGUGCAGACCUUCAGGUCCCUUCUCAGACAGCAGUCUCUCUGCAUCUCCCUUUGCCCAUGGACAACAGCUCCAAGCCCUUAGAGGCUUCUGGUCCCCCUGCCCCCUUGGCUUCUCAGCCACCUGGGCUUGGUUUCUUCAGGAAGGUAGUGCCCACUGGCACUGUCCUCCCACCUGGCAGCUUCAAGGAUGCUGUUUCUGAACUAAGGACCAGAGGUUUCCACCACCCUACAGGUCCUUCAGGACAGAAUGGAAACACAAGGACUCAGUGGAGAGUUCU